CCAAGAAACACAGGAAAAAUAUAAUUUCACCAUUUGUAGGUAGAUUUAAUUUGAGGGCACUCUGGUUAGGGAAAUGGCACAAGCAAUGGCUUCAAUGGCGGGCUUACGUGGCACUUCUCAGGCCGUCCUGGAAGGCAGCCGCUUGAACAUGGCUGCUGCCACCAAAACCAGAGUGGGUGUCCCCAGGUCUGGUUACGUCGUCAGAGCACAACAGAGGUCGGCCGAGUCUGAAACUAGCCGGAGAGCCAUGCUGGGACUCGUUGCUACCGGUUUGGCUUCAGGGUCGUUUGUUCAAACUGUGCUUGCUGAUGGCUUAUCCAUCAAAGUUGGCCCUCCUCCUCCGCCUUCCGGUGGAUUACCCGGAGCUCUGAACUCCGAUGAGCCAAGAGACCUUGAGCUGCCAUACAAGGACAGGUUCUUCCUCCAGCCACUUUCUCCUACGCAGGCGGCAGUACGGGCAAAGGAGUCAGCCAAGGACAUUCUUGGGGUCAAGAGUUUGAUAGACAAAAAGGCUUGGCCGUACGUCCAGAAUGACCUCCGUCUCAAGGCGGAGUAUCUCCGGUAUGACCUCAACACCGUCAUUGCUGGUAAGCCAAAAGAGGAGAAGAAGAACCUAAAGGAACUCACCGGAAAACUUUACCAAACCAUCAGCAAUUUGGAUCAUGCAGCGAAGAUCAAGAGCUCCCUUGAAGCAGAGAAGUACUAUGCUGAGACUGUUUCUACCCUAAAUGAUGUUCUUGCUAAGCUUGGCUAAUAUUUAUGUAUUGUGUCAUUUAUUGAGAAACUUUGUUUGGUUUUAAUCCAGAGGGAAAAUCAAUAAUUUGCUAAUUU